UGAUACAAAAGGCGCACAACAUGAUUGUUAACUUGUUUCAAAGAUACCAAAUUUAUUUUUGAUAAAACAAAAGUAACUUACGAAUUUCGCUCUAGCAUUUCACAUAAGCUCGACGAGUGUCAAUCGUCUUGGAGCAUGCGCACCAUCACCUUUGACGCGGACUUGCGUGCUUUCCUCAGUAAUUGGCCGCACGCCGACCAGUUCCAACUUGUUUCAACCGAUUCGUACUGGUUUAGGCCGGAAUUUUCGCGCGAGUUUCACCUGUCAAUGUAUUAAUAAUAAGGACGGAUGUAAUUAAAUAUUGACUAUAAUAGUAAGGACCAAGACACUGUUUAGAGUUAGUGAGUGGUAGUAAACUUUAGGAUAAGUUUUAAAGUUUAACAUACAAUUAAUAAACUUAUUGUAAGUAGUGUACGAAUAAUAGUGAAGUGACAAAUGGAUGUUUGACAUAAAGCUGCGAGUAAAGUCUGCAUUAACCCAGUUGCAGCUCGCUUUACGCUUCCUAUGCCGAUGCCGGAAGCAACACAACUACGACCUAGGGAGGCGAGAACGCGCAAACAGUCCCAGUGAAAAUGUAAUCUCACCGAUUUCGGAAGGUGUCUGAUUAAUUAUUUUAAAAACUGUUUGCUGGAGGAUGGAGUGGUUUCAGUCGAGCCCGACGAGAGCUCUUUCCCUGUGGACGUUGUUAAUCUGCAGCUUCAAUAUCGCAGGUCUCCGGCCGUUGUCGAGUGUCCAGGCGGAAUCUCUGGACGUCGUCAAAGUGACAGGGGUGUCGGGCGGCGAGGCCACACUUCCGUGCGACACCCGUUCUCCCCAGCCGCCUGAUGCGCUGCUGCUUGUAGUGUGGUAUAAGGACGACAUGCCUAUUUACAGUUUCGAUGGGCGAGUGAAAGGCCCCACAGCACACUGGGCUGACGAUUCCCUUGGCGGUCGAGCGGCUUGGCUGCCGAGUUCACCUACAGCACUUAGGCUGCACCAUGUGCAGGCCUCAGACCGCGCCAUGUAUAGGUGCCGGGUCGACUUCAAAGUGUCGCCCACCAGAAACCAUAAGAUCUCUUUAGACGUCAUAGAGUUACCGGAAAAACCGAAAAUAUUCGACGAACUAGACAAAGAAGUGAGCGGUGUGGCUGGUCCAUACAUAGAGGAUACCAGUGUCAAACUCACCUGUGUUGUAAGUGGAGGUAAACCAAUGCCACGCCUACGAUGGUGGCGGGAUGACAAGCCCAUUCACACCUUGGAGCCCUUGGAAGAUGGUUCUGGGGUCAGCACACUUGAACUGAAAAUCCCUCGGCUCACCAGGGAUUACUUAGAAGCUGUGUAUACCUGCACCGCGGAUAACACACUGCUGGUGCCUCCGUUGAGGGUUAACGUGCAAAUACAGCUAUACUUGAGACCACUGUUUGUGGAAAUUCUAGCCAGAGAGCAGCCGCUGUCUGUGGGUCAAGAAGCUGAAUUGGCAUGUCGAGCGGUGGGGGCGCGACCGCCUGCCAUUAUUACCUGGUGGCUCGAAGGGAAACAGAUGAAUGCUGAUGGGCCACAGAAGAACUCUGAGAACGGAAACGAGACAGUUUCGUUCCUGCGCUGGACCCCGCGAAUGGAGCACGACGGUCGAGUGCUGACCUGCCGAGCUACACACGCCACCUUAGAACACGUCACAAUUGAAACAACAAAGUCGCUUAAUUUGCAUUACAUACCCAUCGUAGCCCUACAAUUGGGCUCCAAACUGAACCCUAACGACAUAGAAGAGGGGGACGACGUAUACUUUGACUGCAGCGUACGAGCACAUCCACAAGCCUAUAAAGUUGUGUGGGAGCAUAAUGGUCAAAUUAUGACGCAUAAUCAGCGAGCAGGCGUGAUAGCUGGUCAGGCCCACCUUGCUCUACAGGGAGUCUCAAGAGAAAACGCCGGCAAAUAUGUGUGCACCGCAUCCAACGUCGAAGGCGACGGACGCUCUGCGCCUGUUACCUUGCAGGUCAUAUAUAAGCCUGUGUGUAAGAAAAAAGCGCCGGCAAUCGUUGGUGCAGCGCUGCAUGAAGCGGCCAGGGUGACUUGCGAAGUGGACGCUUACCCGGCACCGAAGAAUUUCCAAUGGACACUCAACAACUCCAUGGGGACUGUGGAGCUGGAUUCGGCAAAAUUCACGAUAAAGAACGGCCAGUCGAUCCUUACAUACACCCCUACUGCGGAAGGGGACUACGGAUCCUUAUCAUGCAGAGCUACAAACCUGGCUGGUCAGCAGAUGGAACCUUGUCGAUACACGCUGCUGCCAGCAGUGCGGCCGGACUCACCUUUCAAUUGUUCUUCCUUGAAUCUAACCGAAGAUUCAGUUGAGUUGCGAUGCAUGGCAGGUUACGAUGGUGGUCUACAUACAUUGUACUUCGUUGAGGCAUGGGAGCACGGCACGCUAUUGACGAAUUCUUCUGCUAUUUCUCCGGUGUGGAAGCUGCGCAAUCUUGGCUCCGGGAAAGCCGUGAAACUGGUUUUCUACGCAAGUAAUGCUAGAGGGAGAUCGGAGGCCACGACGCUCAGGGUGCUAACAUUAUCUCGGCUGGCAUUACAUACUGAAGCGAAAACCACAAAUGGCAGCAGUAUGGAGACCAGUUGGGCUUUAGGAAUUGUAGCGGGGGCAGUGGGGACUCUGGUUGUAGUCGCCAUCAUAGCCCUGCUCGCGAGGAGAAGGCAUCAUCGACCCAUGCAAUACGAAGCUCCAAUUCAAACGGUGAAGGCUUACAUGGGAUCAAUUCAGAGCAACAACCAUUCACCUAUUCAGCCCGAUGACAAAAAUCCGGACGUAAUACCCCUGGGUAAAGAUUUCAAUUGCGCUCGAGACUUGGAACGGCCACCCGAGCCUCCACCCUAUGGAGCUGUCAUGUCGCCGCCCGUGGGCUCCUCUCGAAGCGCGCAUAGCAUCCACCAGGACAUGCGAUCUAACGCUCCACACACGCCAAACACUCCCGCGUCAGAUAUUCAGAGUAUUGGGACCUUAGCAGAUGAUCGACGCAGCGUAACAAGCGGCACUCUGUCACGACGAAGAGAGGUCGUCACCACGAGGACUCCUCUUCUGGCGAACACUCGGGAGAGCUGCGUCUAGUCGGCAUAACUUGACAAAGUGGAGAGAGAACGCUCAAAAAAUUCGAAUGGAUAAAUAAAGGAACACGAAUUUAUACUAGCGUUAUUAUAUUUAUUUUGGGUAAAUAGGCCUAUAUUCUGUGUUAAACCGAUUAUGAAGCAGGUUUCGAAGAAGUUGAAGUUGUUGAAGACUGUCUCCUGGAGGCCGGUUUUAAAUUUGAAAAGUCAACUAGUUUUGUGAUUGUUAUGAUAUGACUUUGACAUGACUUGCAAUGCAUUGGGCUCGCACCAAUAAGCGCGAGCAAUUAAAUAAAUAUUAAAACCAUAUUAAAUUUAAGUUCUGAAUGCUGCAGCUGUUGCCAUUAGCAUAAAAUAUAAUUUUGAUCCAAAAGCAUUUUGUUUCAUCUCACCUGCUUGGGUAGGUAUUUUCACGCAGGUAGAGCUUGUGCAUGUACCACUAACAAACCAAUUAGAAUGAUAUUGGAAUCAUACUAGUUAGCUGUCAUACACGCGUUCAUUUCGCUCAGACUUCUCCGGACAAGUACCUAUUAGUGCGAGCGAGAAGCUAGGUAAUACCAGCUAGGUAUCUGAUAUGAUUCCAAUAUAAUACCGUUUGGAUGUUAGGUGCACGUUCGAAUUGGCCUGUUAUUAAUGCGAACCAAUGAAUCGGAUAUUUCUUUGUAAAUCAGGUAAGAAAAUACUCAAAUUAAAUAGUACAUAUUUAUUUUAAUUAUCGUUCAAUAUUUAUUGAUGGCCUGAUUCUAAUUUUAAUAUACGUAAAAUAAUAUUAGUUCUGGAUACGUUUAAUUGACGUUCAAACGAAAACGUCACUUUUGACACUGAUAAAUUCUAUCCAUACCUUAUCUAAAUCUAAUAUUUGACUUAUUUUAAAAAUAUAAGCAGGUCGCAAUUCUUAUUGUUUAUUGAAAUAAACAAUAAUUGUAACGGAUGAGAUUUUUUUAUUGUGUGAUAAAAUAUGCGAUCAAAGAUGUCUCGGUAAAAAAAAAAAAACACUUUAUAAAGGGUUAUCUAUUGUAUGCAACCUAAGCGGUGCAAGUUCGACUUGCAAUUGACCGAUUUAAUUUUUGUCUAUAAGCAGGUGUGAUGAAAAUAAUUGUGUUGUAUGUAAAACUCAAUCUCGUCACUUGAGUUACAAAAUUAAAUACUUUACUCUCGUUUACAAUGUGGACUAUAUUAAUGCCCUUAUAGCUUAAUAUACUACUUGAAUAACGAAUGACUGCAAGUUCAAAACACAUUAACCAGGGUUAGGUACAAGAUUUUAAUAAAUAAAAGCAACCAUUUUUUUUAUUACCAUAUAAAUUGUUGACAAGGAUAAUCUAUUAUAAUAAUAAAUUUUCAUAUCAAUUGCACAUAUUUAAAAUUUUAAUAUCUUGGCUCAAUAAUAAUAAAAAAAUAUGUGAAAGUAAAAUAAGUUGGUAGUUAUGACGAAUUUUGUAUGUUUGUGUUACGUUUUUAUAAUUAUUCAAUUUUUUUCGCUAUCCUUGAAAUAUACUGUUUUUUUUGCGACAAAUGUUACUAUAAUUAAAAAUAUUGCUUUAAAUGGGUUUUAAAAUGAAACAUAGGACAAUAAAUCCAAUUAAAUAUAAAGGUAUUUCAUAACCAAUUAAUGAAUACAAACUUAUAUCUUCUUUAACAAAACAGGUGCCCAUUUCUUUAGUUUUUCUGAAUACAACAUUAUUGAUAAUGUUACGUCAUAGUGUAAAUAAGAAAAUGUUACCAGGAGUUUAUGUUCAAGUCAAUAAUAAUAUCUAUACAUUUACCCCCUUAUUCAUAAACGUGUACUAAAGUUACGAUGCCGCUAAUAACGUUUGUCCCUUACCAUCAUACCAAUACGUCGGAAAGGGACAAACGAUUAUUAGCGGCACCGUAACUUUAGUACACGUUUAUGAAUAAGGGGGUUAAUAUUUUACGAAUGAAAUACGAAGGACGACUCUCAAUUUUGGAAAAUCUAUUAUAAUAAAUAAGUGGAAUACAUAAAGAAAAUAUAAGUAGUUAAAUGACUCUGCUAUUAAUAAUUAAUUAGUUCUAACAACUUUGUACGGCAUAUAAUUUUUAAUAAAAAUAAAUUCACUGUGAUGCUAUAAAGUUUAAUUGUUAUACUUUAUACUUUAAUUUGGGGUGUAACACUAAAACGAUGUAAGUAGUCUUUGUGAAUUAUGAAUUCUAAAGUAAUACAUAUACCUAUAAAUUAAGUAAAUGUUUAAUAGAUUUUUUGUAUAUAUGUAAAUAGAUGACACUAAUAUAAAUAAGAAUUAUUUAUGAAAUAUGUUGAAUUAUAUUUUAACUACCAAUAUUUCGCACUUGGUGUCCGGAAUUCGUAUUAUUUUAAAGGUGAAAAUGUGCUAUAAUUUGUAAUAUGAGAUCAUGAUUGAUGAUUAUGGUGAUGUCCUUAAUGGUUGUUUCAUUUGCUUGAGUACAAGUUUUUGUUUAUUUUAUAGCUAAGAUAUUGUAUUUUCUGACUUUCUAAAGACUUCUUGACAUAUCGUUAAUCUAAAAUAAAUAUGUGUAAUGUUUCUUGAAGGAAUAAAUUUGCUUAUUAGCAAAAUAUGUAAA